AUGCCGAAAGUUUUGAGUUCAAGCGUUAUAUUUUUAUUCUACGUGCUACUAUUAGUAAACACAUCAGAACAACAACAACAACAACUAAUUAACUCAACAACAACAGCAACAUGUAAUUUUACUGCAUGUGAUUCUCAACGAACAUCAUGUUCAUCGAAUCUUGACUGCGAUUGUUUUCCAUUAACAUCUAAUUCGAAUAUGGGAAUAUGUGCUUUAACUACUCUCUCAUGUGCAAGUUUUGUACGAUGUAAUAUGGAUAAUGUAACUUGUUCAAUCGGAUGUACAAUCUGUGUGAAUAGUACACGAUGUGGUCAACCAAUAUGCUAUCCACUGCCUUUAGCAAGCAAACAAAUUUGUCCACCAAAGACUGUUACAACUACAACCAUACAUACAACAAGCACAACUAAAUCUACAACAAAGAUUACAACAACAACUCAAAAGCCUAAGAUCACCACUGAAGCAGCGACUAAUCAAAAGCCAACGACUACCACUGAAGCAGCGACAACUCAAAAGCCUAAGAUCACCACUGAAACAUCGACAACAACACCAACAUCAACAGGAUGGUUUUCAACUGGCAAUAUGAGUCAUGGACGAUAUAUUCACACUGCAUCUGUGUUACCAAAUGGAAAGAUAUUAGUUGCUGGCGGAGAAGGCAACGGAGAUAUUGCUUUAAAUAGUGCUGAGCUUUAUGAUUCAUCAACAGGUGCUUGGACACCUACGGGUAAUAUGACUAAUGCACGAUACGCUCACACUGCAUCUGUGUUAUUAAAUGGGAAAGUAUUAAUCACUGGUGGUACGAUCGAUCGUAUUACUGCUUUUAAUGGUGUUGAAUUGUAUGAUUCAUCAACAGCAACUUGGGCACUUACUAUUAGCAUGAUGAAUCCACGAGCAGCUCAUACAGCAUCUGUAUUAUCAAAUGGAAAAGUAUUAGUUACUGGUGGAAAACCUAAUAAUUAUACUUAUAUAAAUAGUGCUGAGCUGUAUGACCCAUCAACAGGUACUUGGACAAUUACUGGUAACAUGACUACUAAACGAGCUUAUCACACAGCAGCUAUGUUAUCAAAUGGGAAAAUUUUAAUUACUGGCGGACAGAAUUAUGAUGGUUAUUUAAAGAGUGCUGAACUAUAUGAUCCAUCAACGGGCAUUUGGACGACUACCGGUAACAUGACUAAUGCACGAGAACUGUAUACAGCAUCUGUAUUAUCAAAUGGAAAAGUAUUAGUUACUGGUGGACAGACUAAUGACACGAGCUUUUUAAAUAGUGCUGAGCUAUAUGACCCAUCAACAGGUACUUGGACAAUUACUGGUAGCAUGACGUAUACACGAUCUACUCAUACAGCAUCUAUAUUAUCCAAUGGACAAGUACUAGUUACUGGCGGAGCGAAUAGUUUUGUUUUAAAUAGUGCUGAGCUGUAUAAUCCAUCAACAGGCACUUGGGCAACUACUAGUUAUAUGGCUAAUGCACGAUAUUAUCCCAUUGCAGCUGUAUUAUCAAAUGGAAAAGUAUUAAUUACUGGGGGAUGGAAUGGUAUCAUUGCUUUAAAUAGUACAGAGCUAUAUUAA